CUCGCGGCCCAUCGCUGACGGCGCAGCCUCAGCCCGCUCAAACAGUCGGGGCCUCGCAGACGUCUGGCGUGGGAUCAGAGCCCGCGCAGGAGAGGUCGGUCGCAGGUCAGGCGCCCACUGCGGAGCCGUCGCCCUCGUCUGAGCCGGCCCCCGUCCCGCUCAGGUGGCACCAGCGGGCCACGAAAUCCACCAUCUAUGACUUCACCGAGCGCAGCGACGUGCCCGACCACGUCGAGAAUGACGGCAUGGACAUCCACCGCAGGGCCAACCCCAAGCCAGGCGACUCCGGCUACGUCCUGCUGCCCGGCUUCGACCCGGGCGAGUCGUGCGACGACGACGACCUGAUCCUGAGUCUGAGCCGACCUCGGGAGGCGCCGCCGCCCUGCCUCGUCACCUUCCUCAACGCCGGCGUCAUUAUCAACGAGCGCUCCAGUCUGCGUCAGAGGUCCAACGGCGGGACGCUGCGCGUGUCCUUCAGCGCUGGCCGACCGGCCGUGCACCAGUACCCGUCCGAGGCUUCACUGCUCGCUGCUGAGGCGCCCCCUGUCGAUCCGGUCCCCGCGCCGUUCUUCUUCGAGGUCCCGCCGCCGCCUGCUGAGCUCCCGCCGCCGCCAGGGCAGACUUCCAACGGCGGCCCCGCCCACCAACCCGAGAGACAUCUGGUGUCCGGUGCGGGCGAUGCGGAUGACCUCAGCGCUCCCGACACUUACAGAGCGCGCGCGAGCAGGUGUCGUCACCGACCAGCUCCUCGGACUGUGCUUUCUAAGUGUAUCGCAGGCCCUCCCGGCUACCGCGGACCCCAUCAAAGGAGCUUUCCAGUCUCUAUCAGGCUGCUGCCAGGCGAGGCAAACGCACCUUUAGCACCCGCUUUCCUUCAGUAGU